AUGAUAAUUGUUAGAUCAUAAUUUCUUGAAAUGGUCUCAAAAUUCGCAGGGAUUGUUAGGAUUACUGACUUAGAUGAUUAUAUUUUGCCAUCACAAGAAUGCAUAAAACCAAUUAUAAUAGAGAAGAAUGAAGUCAAAAUAAAAACUAUUAAAAUUAAAGAUGGCAAAUAUUUACAAAUUGACAAGAAAGGCAAAGAGAAAGAAUUGGAAAAAGCUAAAAUAACUCUUAACGAUUGUCUGGCAUGUAGCGGCUGCGUAACAUCCGCGGAAACCGUACUCAUAAAUCAACAAAGUGUCGAAGAAUUAUUCAAGAUAGCUGAACAAAAUGCACACUCUAUUUUGACCAAUAAUUUUGCCGAUUACAGGCCUAUUUUGAUAUCGUGUUCUCCGCAAUCAUUAUCCUCGUUGGCCAUUCAUUAUGAUUUGACUAUAACUGAAACGGCGAAUGCUUUGAAAAGCUAUUUCCAAAAACAAUACGGUGUCAAAUAUUUUUUAAAUACCACGUUCGCUCGGAAUUUCAGCUUAUUAGAAUCAGCCAAAGAAUUUUUGAGGGUAUAUAAAACUAAGGAAGCCAACGAUGAUCAAGUCACUAUUCGUAAUAAUAAUAAUAAUAUUAUAAAAUGUGAGAAUUGUCAUGAUACCCCAUUGAAGCUGCCUAUCAUAACUUCUAUCUGUCCUGGAUGGGUGUGCUACGCAGAAAAAAGCUUGGGAGAAAUUAUAAUACCGCACAUGAGUAAAGUCAAAUCGCCUCAGCAAAUUUUUGGAUCGCUAUUAAAAGAUUUGAACCUGAUAAAUAGUAAAAAUAUCUCUGGCGAACAUUCCACAAAUUGGUAUCACGUAUCCAUUAUGCCAUGUUACGACAAGAAAUUGGAAGCAUCACGACCCGAUUUCACUCAUUCUUUUAACCAGGACGCUACGAAUAUCCGUGAUAACCAGGAAUUUAUGUCGCACAAAGAUGUCGAUUGCGUAUUAUCUACCAUCGAAGUCAAGGAGUUGUUGGAUAGCCAAGACAUAAACCUUAAAUCCUUAUUAGCCCAGAUAGCAUCUCCUCCAAAUGACAAAAAUGAUCUCACCAGCGACGAACCCGGCAAUGACUUGGCUCAUUAUCUGCUUUCGUUCGAUUACACUCAUCAGGGGGGUGGGUCAGGGGGUUACGCGGAAUUCGUGAUCGGAUACGCCCUCAAACACAAAUGGGGCUGCGAGACUUACGAAACGCAUUACGCAGAUGAUUCCAAAAAUUCUUUAGUCGGAACCGAUUCCAGUGAUCGUCAUAAAUACCGGGUCGAAAUAAGAACUUUAAAGAACAAAGAUAUGCGGGAAUUAAAGUUGAUCGACACAUCUACAGGUGACAUCUUGUUGAAUUUCGCCCAAGCAUAUGGAUUCCAAAAUAUUCAAAACGUCGUUCAGAAAAUCAAAAGAUCGAAUAAAUGUCCUUAUCAUUAUAUCGAAAUAAUGGCGUGCCCUAGUGGUUGCCUAAACGGGGGUGGUCAGAUACGGAUCGAGCAGACGACAAACUCGCGGCAAGACAAACUGAAUCUAUUUAAUUCGGUUGACGCCAUUUAUCAUUCCGUGCCUAAUGUAAUCACUGACCCUUAUAAUCAGAUAUCCUCUGUCAGGGAUAUUUUAAAUUCUGAUUUAUUGGCCAAACAAGAUAGCUGUGGUCAGAAACAUAUGUUCUUCACGGAGUAUCACCCGGUUCUCAAAGAUGCUUUAACCGCUUCCAUGCUUAUCAAAUGGUGAAAUGGUGGAGUAAAAAUGAAAAUUCCUAGAAAAAACUUUUCGUAGAAUAACGCCGCGAAAUUCCAUUUCGAUCGCAAGUUUCUAGCUUUUGGGGUUUUUUUUUCUCGAAGUUAUCGGAUAAUUUAUUUUUACCCGCGAAUAAUUAUGGAAAACGCUUAUUAUAUCAUACCAUAAUUGUAUAACUAGUAAAAAGUGUAUAUUAAUAUAUUAUCAAUUUUUUAUAAAUAAAAAUUUUUUCCCCUAAUU